CGGAGGGGCCGGGGCGGGGCGGGGAGAUGAACGGCUUCAGCACCGAGGAGGACAGCCGCGAAGGGCCCCCUGCCGCCCCCGCCGCCGCCCCGGGCUACGGCCAGAGCUGCUGCCUCAUCGCGGACGGCGAGCGCUGCGUCCGGCCCGCGGGCAACGCCUCCUUCAGCAAGAGGGUGCAGAAAAGCAUCUCGCAGAAGAAACUCAAGCUGGACAUAGACAAGAGCGUAAGGCACCUGUACAUCUGCGACUUCCACAAAAAUUUCAUCCAGAGCGUCCGAAAUAAAAGGAAGAGGAAGACAAGUGAUGAUGGCGGAGAUUCCCCUGAGCAUGAUGCUGACAUUCCUGAGGUUGAUCUGUUCCAGCUGCAGGUGAACACUCUCCGACGCUACAAACGGCACUACAAGCUGCAGACCAGACCCGGCUUCAACAAGGCCCAGCUAGCAGAGACUGUGAGCCGACACUUCAGGAACAUACCAGUGAACGAGAAAGAGACGCUUGCCUAUUUCAUCUACAUGGUGAAGAGUAACAGGAGCAGACUGGACCAGAAGCCAGAGGGCAGCAAGCAGCUUGAGUGAGGUGCAGCCGCCUGGUGAGGUGGAGGCCCUGAUGAGAGGACAGCCAUGCCCUGCUUGAUGACAGGUGGCCCCUGCAACAUCUCAGCCAAUAAGGACUGUUCGUAUCUACUGUAAAUAAAGUUUGAACGAUGGACACUGUAAA